GGUUGACAAUGACUUAAUUUUUGAGGAAGUACCACCAAAAGAAGUCGAAGAAGGUCUCUACACCAGGAUACUGAACAGGGUAAAGAGGCAAUUCGAUUGGUUUGGUUUAGGGAGCAAAGAGGAAACAACGCCCGAACCCACUACAGAACCAACUCCAUUAAUUACAGAGGCGACUUCAUCUUCCAGUUCCAGGGAGACACGUAGUCCUGAUGAAAUUAUUACCAUCAUUCCACCUGAUGACGAAGACAGCGGUCUUGGAUCAGGUGAGCCUGAUGACGGUUCAGGUGAGAUACCAUCAUUCUCUGUACCACCCGACACACCAAUCGCUAGCCCCUCACAACAAAGUCGCUAUCGAAUGACAUUGCUUGUUGAAGAACCUUACGAUCCUUAUUUUGAAACCAGCGGAAGUGAAAAAUUUCGAUCAUUCUCAAAAGCUUUUCAAUCCGAUAUUGAAGAUCUCUAUAGUCCUUUACCAGGCGAGCAGAAAGCAGAAGUGAUAAGUGUAGAGAGAACUCCGAACACAUUUUUUGUAAGGGUGACUUUGGAUCUCAAUUCAAUAAAUUUCUCUGAAGCCAAAGAAAUAGAGAAUCAUAUUCGUGAACAAAUAGCAACAAAAAGAAUUGGCUCGCAUACAAUUGAUGAUAGUGAAUUCACCUUCAGCAUUUUCAGAGACACUUGCAAUGACAAUGAAUUUGUGUGCCACUUAUCAAAUACAUGUAUUCCAUCUUCACAAUAUUGUGAUAGUAAGAGAAAUUGUCCAAAUAAUGAAGAUGAGGAGGAAUGCAGUCCACCUACAUCCUCAAGUACUGAAACAUCAACAUUCUCUCCAUCGACGACUGAAGGAAUUCCCUCAUCAUUAGCUCCCACAUCACAUGAUGAUCAUUUGAGAACAGUGCAAGCACUUCCAUAUAUACCUGUACUGAAUUGCCGAGGAGACACUACACCGAAACCCUGCCGUGAUCACCCUGAUGUAUUGUAUUGCCCUGAAAAAAGGUGUAACGGGGAGAAUGACUGUCCAUCGGGAGAAGAUGAAGAAGAUUGUAUACCUGAAUGUGCUCCAAAUGAAUUUGUAUGUGACGUCAAAAGGUGCAUCCAUAAUUCAUCUCUCUGUGACGGUUUCCCCGACUGCCAUGAUGGAGAAGAUGAGAAGCGGGAAUUGUGCAAAUCAUUGUCUAAGGAGUGCGAUCCAGAAAAUGAGUUCACCUGUCUGAAUGUGUUCGAGUGCAUCCCAAAGUCAUCUGUAUGUGAUGGACGACCCAAUUGUCAGGACAGCAGUGAUGAAUUAAAUUGCCCUAUUGAUUGUCCUAGUAACAGCUUUAAAUGCUCCAAUGGUUUAUGUGUUCCUGAAAGUGCACGGUGUAAUAGAACAAGUGAAUGCUCGGAUGGAUCAGAUGAACGUGGUUGCCCUACAGGUGGAUGUACAAUAAAUCAGUGGCAAUGUGGUGAUGGCGGUUGUAUAGAUAUUUCCAUGAGGUGUGAUAUGCAAUCAGAUUGUUUAGAUGAAUCCGAUGAAGAGAACUGUCUUGUUAUAUCUCCUGGUUGUGUAAACGAAGAGAGUACUUGUACCUCCUCCAAAGUUCAAUGUUUUGACGAUCAGAAACGUUGCGAUGGACGUGUCGAUUGCCCGGAUGGAUCUGAUGAGUUUUGUUGUCAAAGUGAUCAGUUCAUGUGCGGUGAUGGUUAUACAUGCAUCAACAGAAAUCAAGUAUGUGAUCGUCGCACUAACUGUCCAGAUGGAAGAGACGAGGAGAAUUGUCCAGAUAUUCAAUGUAUCAGUAAUGAGUUCCGCUGCGACAAUGGUGCCUGUAUCUCUAAAGAUUAUGUCUGCGAUGACAUUCCAGACUGCACUGAUGGAAGUGAUGAAAGAAACUGCCAAAAACGUACUUGUGAGAGUACGGACUUCAUAUGCCUCAGUGAUGGUAAAUGCAUAAGUUCGUCAAAUUUAUGCGAUGGCAGAGUGGAUUGUAAAGAUGGAAGUGAUGAAGAUGUUGGACGUUGUCGACCUUGCACUUCCUCUCAGUUUGAAUGUAAUAGUGGUCAAUGCAUUCCUUUGAGCCAGAGAUGUGAUGGUGUUCCAAACUGUAAUGACCACAGCGAUGAAACAAACAAUGAUUGUGAUGGUGGUCGACCAUACGUUCCCGACCCGAUUCGUUGCCGGGAUGAUGAAUUCACAUGUUUAUCCAGGGACAAGUGCAUACCAUCUUAUGAGCAUUGUGAUGGCAAAUAUGACUGCCCAGAUCGAUCUGAUGAGGAAAAUUGUGCGGGUUCCCCUCCACCAGAAGUGAAGAUAUACGAAGGGGAUCAAAUAAUAAAAGAAACACGUGAGGCUGUGUUCCGGUGUCGAGAUGAAGGCCUUGGUCGAUAUAGAGUACGCUGGUUCCGUGAGCGAGGUCUUCCUCUUCCUCCUGGUAGCAGAGAUUUAUAUGGCAGACUGGAAAUACCUAAUGUUCAAAUAGAACAUACUGGAACUUAUUUCUGUGAAGCCAUUGGUGUGGCUCCAAAUACUCCAGGCGCUAGGCAAUCUGUUCAUCUUACUGUUGAACAAUUACUUUAUCCUUCAUCACCAUCUUUCCCUGUAUGUGAACCUUACCAAGCAACCUGUUACAACAGAGACUGUAUCAACAAAACUCAAGUGUGUGAUGGUCAUUUUGAUUGCGGCGAUGGUAGUGAUGAAUCUAGAUGCCCUUCAGUAGGAGGGUCUUGUGAACCAAAUGAGUUCCGUUGUAAUAAUCGAAAGUGUGUCUUGAAAAGUUGGAUUUGUGAUAAAGAAGAUGACUGUGGAGAUAAUUCUGAUGAAGAAGGAUGUAAUGUCCCUCAACCAGGUACUAUUUGCAAACAAAAUGAAUUUGAAUGUCAUUCUAAAGUUCAGUGCAUCCCACGCAACUUCCAUUGUGACAAGACAGUUGACUGCCAAGAUGGUUCAGAUGAAACAAGUUGCUAUCCAAUAAGAAUCGUGGUUAAUCCUCCUCCUUUUGCCAACUUACGAAUUGGAGAAACUCUCAUAAUUAUUUGUGAAGCCGUUGGUAUGCCGACUCCUGUGAUAUCGUGGAGAUUGAAUUGGAAAAAUGUUCCUCCCAAGUGUAGAAUGGAUUCUGUUAAUGGAAGAGGCACCCUUACUUGUCCCAAUAUACAGCCACAAGACAGUGGAGCUUAUUCUUGCGAGGCAAUUGGUUACGUUGAGUACAUUAUAGCAUCAAUAGACACUAUUGUUGUAGUAAAUGGCAAUACAACCUGCCCUGAAGGAAAAUUCAAUGAAUUGGCCAGGUCGCAAGAAGAAUGUAUAAAUUGUUUUUGUUUUGGUGUGGCCAGAACCUGCAAAAGUGCCCAACUGUUUGUUUAUCAGCUUCCUCCACCUAUAAGUAUCUUUAGACUUCUGAAUGUUUAUAUUUCCCCUUCUUGGAUGGAUAUAAGGAUACAUGGACAAUCUCCUUACCAGCCCAACUUAAGUCCGAAUUCCGUAGGAUUUAGGAUACAAUCCUCUGAAGGAUCUCUCGACUAUGUUUAUCCUUACUAUAUUCUACCAGAACCAACAUACAAUGGUAAACAAUUGCAGUCCUAUGGAGGCUUUUUGACUUAUCAGGUUAUGGUGGACAGUUUGGAAAAUGAAAUCAAUAUACCUGAAAUUAUUAUUGUUGGAAACGAUCAAAUGCUCUUAUAUAAACAUCCGUAUAAACUUGUAGAGAAUUCUUUUAAUACUAUAAAUGCUAGCAUCAGAGAAGAGGGAGGCUGGGAAAUAUUGAAAGCGAAUAGUUCAAGACGAUCAGCUAAUAGAGUGGAUAUAAUGAUGACGCUUCUUAAUGUUGAUAAGAUCCUAAUCAGGACGCAAUAUACUGAAAAUCGGGGUGUCAUGACUUCUUUCGCUAACCUGACUAUGGAUUCCGCCUCCUAUACUAAUACUGGAUUGGGAAAAGCUGCGUUUGUAGAACAAUGCGAUUGUCCUGCAGGUUACACCGGACUCUCUUGUGAGGAAUGUGCUCCCAAUUACGUCAGAGAUGUAAAAGUCAUUGGCCAGACAUGGCUUGGCAGAUGUGUUCAACAACACUGUCCUCCAGGUUACUAUGGAAACCCGAGUAUUAACAUUCCAUGUGAGAGGUGUGCCUGUCCAUUUGUUGGCGGAGUCUCCGAUACAUGCUAUUUGGACACUGAUUUUAACAUCACAUGUACAUGCCCUAAAGGUUAUACGGGUCGACGGUGUGAAAUGUGUGCUCCUGGUUAUACAGGAAACCCAUUGAUAGGUGGAGAUAGGUGUAGAAUAAUAGAAUCUGACCGUUGCCAUCCUGUUGGUUCUAUCCCUUCAUCUGACCCUGAUCGAUGUAUUUGUAAGGAAUUGGUGACUGGCACUAAUUGUUCUGAAUGUGUACAAUCUGCAUUCCACCUUUCACCAUCAAACCAGGACGGUUGCAUCAGCUGCUUCUGUAUGGGUAUUACUGACAGUUGUUCAAGUUCGAACCUCUACCGUGACCAGAUUACAGUUACCUUUGGGAGAGAUAAUCAAAAUGUUAGUUUAGCCCCAGAAGAUGAUAUUUUUAAUAGGGUCAGUGGUGUAGUCAUUCCUGGAUCUUAUGAGCUCAGUUAUGACCAAUUCCAACCAAGGGUAUAUUACUGGCUUUUGCCAAACAAAUUCCUGGGAGAUCAAGUUUCAUCUUAUGGAGGCUCUCUAGAAUACAAAUUCCGUUAUGUUCCAACGCCUGGAGGUCAAAGCUCUCGAAAUAAUGCUGCUGAUAUCAUAUUAUCCACUACACAUGGAGGUGACCUGUUUUAUUACGGAAAUUGGUCGGUUGAGCCAAAUAGAAUACAAUCAAUCAGUGCACCAUUGGUUGAACAACGUUGGCAAAAAGGAGAUGGAAGUCGUCCAGGCAGAGAGUUGUUUUUGAUGGCUCUUGCUGGGAUUAAUAGUAUCAGCCUUAAAGCAACCUUUACUACUAAUACCCAAGCUGCUAUGCUGCAGGAGGUUACUAUGGACACUGCUGUAAACUACUACACAAACAGAGGUUACGCUUACGAAGUGGAAAUGUGCAGGUGUCCUCAUGGCUACAAGGGGUCAUCCUGCCAAUACUGUGAUGCUGGCUUCAGAAGAAGUACUGAAGGAGUCUAUUUAGGACUCUGUGUCGAGUGUGAAUGUAACCGCAGGUCUAAUGACUGCCACCCAGAGACCGGUGUUUGCUAUAACUGCCAAGACAGUUGGACAGGUGAUCGUUGCGACAUUUGCCCUGAAAAUCAUCACGUUGACAACUGGAAGAGGUGUGUGCCAUAUGGGCCACAAGUCUGCAAUUGUGAUCGCAGAGGAACUGUGAUACCUGUUGAUAUUUGUCCUGGAGGCCGUUGCAACUGCAAGGUGAAUGUGGAGGGCCAAUUGUGCGAUCGGUGCAGACCAGGAACAUUUAACCUUGCUGCAGAUAACCAGCUCGGCUGUUCUGAAUGCUACUGCUCUGGGGUGUCGAGCAGUUGUCAGUCGUCUAAUCUAUAUUAUGAACCGAUUCCGAUGGUAUGGUUAACUGAAAGUGAUCAUGGCUUCAUAUUGAGCGAUAGAAAUGGAGGCAACAUAAUAAGAAGCGGCUUUGUUCUAAACCCACCAAUGAAUGAAAUUGGUUACAUUUUUGACAACAGACAAGAAGAUUACUAUUGGUCAUUACCGCCAAAAUUUACAGGAGACAAAGUCACCGCAUAUGGAGGGAACUUGACCUUCACCCAGAGAUAUACCACUAUAGGUGGCAGAUAUCCAGAACCAAACUUUGACAUAAUUUUGAGUGGUAAUGGCAUUUCUAUUUACUGGAGGAAUGAAGGUUUGUCCCGACCAGAUGAGAAAAAGACUUUCAGUAUCCCGAUAAAAGAAGGACAUUGGAGGGUAGCAGACCCUAGAACUGGUCAUUCCUUUGCUACAAGGAUAGAAAUAUUGGAAAUAUUGUCUCAACUCUCAGCUAUUCAAAUUCGAGCGAGCUUUGGGCGUGAAACACGAGAAAGUUACUUAAGUGAUGUUGCUCUCGAUGUUGCUAUUCCUGAAGCCACUGGUCUGGCAGCUUUAGAAGUCGAGUUCUGUAGGUGCCCUGCAGGAUAUACUGGGAACUCUUGCGAGAAUUGCGAACCCCACUACUACAAAGAUUACGACAACACGUGCAAACCCUGCCGUUGCAACAAUCAUGAAGAGAGUUGCUCAAUCGGUCCAGAUAACAGACCAACCUGUGUCUGUCAACCUGGAUGGUUUGGAGAAACCUGUGAUAACGACAAUAAUGGUACAAUGGUCCACCUAACUCCCGGAGGUACACUCCGCUCCCCCCUCGGGAAGAGGAUCAACUUUAAUUGCUACUUUAAAUCUCCAGAAUAUGUCUACGGAGCUAUAGAGCUAGUUUAUGCUGCUCAAAACAUACAUGGAAUUAGUUAUUCUCCCACUGAACGAGAGGAAGGUUAUAAUGGAUCUAUAGAUAAAUUUAUUAAAAUAGAACAAGGACUCAAGGAGGUUGUUUGUCAUGUGUACAAUCAGAAGAAGGAAGUUAUCGGACUUUCUAGAGCUUCAAUAGUAAUAGAAGAGAGCGCUCCAACCAAAUCACCAUACCCAUCAAUUCAGCCAAUAAUAAAAUUGACCAUUCAUGAUGAUGAACCAACUAUUCAAAUCAAAGAAGUUGGUUCCACCGUGCGAUAUAGAUGUUCUGUAACAGAUUUGUAUAACCUAGGACCUGUCACACUCACCUGGUCGAGAAUUAAUGGAGAAAUGUUGCCUUCUGGACGAUCCUCUGAUGACAGACAAGGAAAUCUAGAGAUUGUCGAUUUAAAAAUUUCAGAUUCAGGAAUCUACGUGUGCACAGCCGAAUCUAAUUUAGGUUCAGUCUCGCAAGAAGUUGAACUGAAAGUUGGAGCUAAUCGCAGGCCACCAACUGUUAAUAUAGAACCUUCAACAGUUGAUGCUCGCGUGGGAGAUCUUAUCGAAAUAGUUUGUCAUGCUGGAGGAACACCAGUACCAUCAAUAGAAUGGAGAAGGGCUUACAAUGAGACUUUUAACCCUCAGACAAUCAUUAAAUAUGGUACUGUGAGGAUUCCAUAUGCUCUUACAACUGAUGCAGGUCUAUACGAGUGCACAGCUAGGAAUGAGAUAGGAAUAGAUACAAAAACAGUCAAUGUAUAUAUAAGAGAUGAACGUACAGAUGUAAUCACAAUUACUCCAGCCAAUAUUGACGCUUCUCCAGGAGAUAGGGUUACUCUCAAUUGCAAUGUUGAAUCUUCUAGUAGUAACUAUGAGAUUGAGUGGAAAAGAGAAAAUAACAGACCUUUGCCAUAUUAUGCAGUCAAAUCAGGAAAUCGGCUGUUGUUGACAAGAACAAACCCUGAGGACUCAGGCCUUUACAUCUGCUUUGUAAGGAAUCGCCUUACUGGUAGGGCUAUUGGUGAAUCUACUGCCAGAAUCACCAUUAGUCCUUUUAGCACUCGGUUUGACUACCCCACCAUCUCACCUUUAAGUCAAAUAAAACCACAGGGUCAGUCCGCUGAAUUGAUAUGCAAUGUUGUUCAGGAGUCAUAUUCAGCAUUACCUGCAGUGAGGUGGUUCAAGUCGCAAGGAGAAAUCUCACCAAGAGCUCAAUACAUAGAAGAUGGAAGAAUAUUAAGAAUACCAAGUUUGUCGAUAAGUGACCGUGGAAUAUAUAUCUGUAACUCGGUGUUUAGAGGAAGGCCUUAUAAUACAUCAGCAAUGCUUGAAGUUGAACGACGAGAAGCUCCAAUUAUCCAACUUUACCCAGAAGACAGGACACAAAUCCUUGCUGUUGGUAAUUCCUUACUACUUCAGUGUAGAGUGACUGGUAUACCAAUGCCUACUAUAACAUGGUCUAGAGCUGGCAAUUUGACUUUACCCUAUAACAUUGUGCCAUCUUCUGGCGGAGUCCUCAGGUUCAACAGAGUAAAUCUGAAUGAUGCUGGAGAAUACAUUUGCACAGCUGAAAAUGAAGCUGGCCGUACAAGUUUAUCAGCUCAUAUUGAGGUACAAUCACCUCCCGAAGUAAGAGUGUUUCCAAAAGAUAGCAUUGAGCUUCAAGUAGGCCAAAACCUUGAUCUUACCUGUACAGCAGAAGGCUCACCAACACCGACUGUUUUCUGGACCAAAGAUCCAAAUGAGGAUAUUUAUUCUGUUCACUCUGGGUUCGCUGCACCAAAUUUGGGGCGUGCCGAGUAUCAGGUUCUCCAAGUGAGUGCAGAAGAUGAAGGUAUUUACUACUGUGUCGCUCAAAAUACAAGAAGAGAAGUGAAAUCUGUACAGGUAAGAGUGUAUGGCAGCAGAGAUGACAUUCCACCUCCACAGCCUCCCACUUACCCAGGUGGUGAUGGUGAUGGUGAAUCACUUUGGGUCGCUCAGGGUGGUGAUACUCAGAUGUCCUGCAUUCUAGAAACCAACAACAACCUGGAAAGACGAUGGAUUCGUGGAGACAUGAGGGAUUUCCCUCCAGGUGUCACUCAAAGAGAUGGUACCCUGUACAUCAGAGCAGCUUCCUCAGAUGUUGAGGGAGAGUAUGUAUGUCUCCUCUUAGAUGAACAGGGAAGGGAAGAGAGGCGCAUCGGCAGAUACUUAUAUGUUAAAAGUCUUCCUGAGAUAACACUCGAACCACAGAGGCAGGUGGUUAGGCCUGGAGAUGAUGCGACUAUCGUCUGCUCUGCUCGAGGGGAACAACCAAUAGAAAUCACUUGGAGGGCUGACCACACACUAUCUCCCCAUGUCUAUAUCAGAGGAGGACUUCUCAGUUUCCAAGGAAUUACUGAGAGUGAUGCUGGCAGGUACGUGUGCUUGGCUAAGAAUAUUGUAGGGUUGCGUGAAGCAGCUGCUGAAGUUAUAGUCAAUGAUAAUGGUGCAUAUAGAGUCAAUGUGUCUGUGAUUGGAGACAAGGUCCGAUCAGCCCCAGAAGGUUCAACCAUAGAUUUGGAAUGUCGAGCACCUGAACAAGGAGAGGUUACAUGGACCAAGAAUUAUAAUGAACCAUUGCCAUCUAAUGCUGUGGCAUACGGAGAACUCCUGAGAAUAUUCAGAGCAGAAGUACAAAACUCAGGCCGAUAUAUUUGCACUGUUCAUACACCAUCAGGUGCAAUCGGUACAGAUUAUGUAGAGCUUAGUAUAUCACGAGAAUCUACCUGCUACGGUUUCCUGUGCCUAAAUGGUAAAUGCAUCGACUCGACAGCCUACUGCAAUGGUGUGUUUGAUUGUGCUGACAGGAGUGAUGAAAUCAACUGUCCAAGAAGAAGACGGGGAACACACCGAGGAGGACUAAAAAUUGAACCCAGUAUCGAUAUAAUUCGAGUUGGAAGUACUGUCGACCUGAAAUGUAUUACUGACGGCAUACCAAGCUCCAGUAUAGUCUGGAAAAAAUUUGGAGAAGAUAAUCUUGGAAAGAAUGUUAUAACCAUUUCUCCCAGCAUUUUGAGGAUUGCAGAUGUCACUACUAGCAAUGCAGGCACUUACAGAUGCUCCGCUCAAACUGAAUCUGGCACUCAUGUUGAUGAUUACACACUGACUGUCCAAGAUGAUACACAACAAACCGUUCCUGACUAUGAUGACGAUAAUGAUGAUAUGGACAUAUCUCCUGCACCUUCCCCAGCUGCAAAAACCAUAAAGCUGAAAUUGGGUGAUUCUGCUGAUAUUAAUUGUAACAACGAUCUAGAACCACCAGUGAAAUAUAGUUGGAUACGCCAAGGUGGUCUUCCAGCAACUGCCACUUCUGAAGAAGGAAAACUAACAUUAAAGAGAGUUAGCUCAAAGGAUUCUGGACUGUAUACCUGUGUUGCAACAAACGGCGAAGUAAAGAUGGAAAUACCUACAUUUGUUGUGGUUCAUGGUUCAAUUCCCAGAUUUACUCAAACAUCUCAAUCUUAUCUCAAACUGAAAACCCUCUUUGAUUCCCUCAUGCAGUUUGAUAUUGAAAUUUUAUUCAAGCCUGAACAAGAAAAUGGACUCAUAUUGUUUAAUGGCAAACGACACCCAUCAGCAUCUGGGGCAAGUGAUUUCGUUUCAUUUGGCUUAAGAGAUGGUUUCCCAGAAUUCAAAUUUGACGUUGGAUCAGGUCAUGCUGCAAUUGUCGGUAGAUCCCCUCUUGAAAUGGGUAAAUGGGUUAAAGCUAGACUCAUUCGUAACAGGAAAGAAGGCCGAUUGAUCAUCAAUGACGAGGAGCCUGUUAUCGGAACCAGCCCAGGCCGUCAUCAUAGUCUUGAUUUGGAUUUGCCCCUCUAUGUCGGUUCUGUUCCUGACUUUAAUGAUAUACCGAAAUCUGUUGAUUACAGCACUGGCUUUAGAGGAUGUAUUGCACGACUUAUCAUCAAAAAUGAGGAGCAGACCUUAUCUAGGGCUGGAGCGCUCGAGUGGACAGGUAUAUCAGAAUGUGACACUUGUGCCGAGAACAAAUGCACAAAUUCAGGAGCUUGUCAAGAAUCACCAAACCAUCGAGGUUAUGUUUGCCUCUGCCCGAGAGGAUUUUCAGGAGAAAAUUGUGACCGCACUGGGGAAUCCUGUUAUCCAGGCUUAUGCGGGGAAGGGUAUUGUGAAAAUACUGACAAAGGAUAUAUAUGCAAGUGUCAACUAGGACUUGCUGGACCCCAUUGCGAGCAUAGGAUUCAAAUACGGACACCCUUCUUUCAGGACAAUUCCUAUAUAGCUUACCCGACUCCAAGAAGCACGGAAAAAUUGGACAUAACUCUAAAGUUGCAUCCAUUAGACUCUAGAGACGCUCUCAUCCUGUAUGCUGCUCAGAAUGAUUUUGGCAGUGGGAACUAUCUCUCAUUGGCUAUCAAGGACAGGAGGCUAGAAUUCAGGAUGGAAACUGGUUCCAGUGCACCAAUCGUUGUCAAGUCGAACACAGAGGUGAUCCCUGGUUCUUGGAUGACAGUGACCGCAGGACGGGAUGCAAGGGAGGCCAGGCUAUCAAUAGGUCAAGAUCUUGCAAGAGCGACAUUGACACCUGGUCAAAGAAGAGAGUUGAUUUUAGGUACCAAUCUAUACCUCGGAGGUUUUGACUCAAGCUUAGGUAGUGUCCAUCCCAAUGUUGGUGUUACUGAAGGAUUUAGAGGCUGUAUAUCUCAUAUUGAGAUAUCAAGAAUGGACUUAGAUAUCCUCAAGAGCAGCAAGGAGUCCUCGAAUGUUAAAGAAUGUCCAUCAGGUAAUCCUUGCCAUGACAGUCCAUGUCUCAAUGGAGCUAGCUGUCAGCAAGAUGGAAGUAGCUACAUUUGUCAUUGUACACCAGAUUUCAGUGGACGCCACUGCGAUAAAUUUAAGAAUGACUGUGAAAGAUAUCAACCCUGUGGAAACAAAGGUGAAUGCAUUCCCCUUUCUUCGGGAUACAAAUGCAACUGCGGCAAAGGGUUCUCUGGCCAGAACUGUACUAUGAGAGAGCACUUUACAACCUCCUUCCGCCUCGGUGGCGAUGGUUGGGUCGAACUUGAUAGGAGCAUUCUCGACGAUAUUGGAGAUGAAACAGAGGUUGAAAUGACUGUUGUUACUAGCAGUAGGAACGGAAUUCUCUUGUGGCACGGACAAGAUCCACGGACUGCAGGUGGUGUCUCUGACUUUUUCUCGAUAGGAGUCUUGGAAGGACGUGUGAAGGUGAUCUAUGAACUGGGUUCUGGUCUUGGAGAAGUUACCUCGAGCCGUAGGAUUGAUGACGGACAACCACAUAAUAUCAGAGUAUCCAGAAACGGUAAUAUCGUCACCUUGAGUGUUGAUGAGGACACCAUCGAUGGACAAUCGGAAGGUUUCUUGUCUAAGCUCAAUGCUAAAGGAAACAUUUAUAUUGGUGGACUGCCUGAUGCAAGAUAUAUGACUAAUGGCCGCUAUAUUCACAACUUCGAUGGUUGUAUUAAGAAUCUAAGGAUUCAGAACUCUGAUGACAUUGAUAUUUCUACUUCAGCUGUCGCGACAGCCAAUGUAGUAAAGUGUCCAGUUUAGUAACAGAACUGCAGCUUGAAUCCUAAUCGAUGGAAGAAUGUGCCAAAAAGAAAAAUCAAUAUAAUAAAGGGGGAAAAUAAAACAAGUUUUAAUUAAAACAAAAAAAUGGAUGAAAAGUAAUAAUAAGAAAGAUGGACUUAAGUUAACAGUGUUAACUUAGGGCAAUGUUCCUGACUGUCUAAUUUUAUUUUACAAUUAAUUAUGUGUCGAUGCUUUGAAUGUGUUGAGAUCACGCUGAGCCCCCUCAGUUGUGUUUUCUUUUAUAUAUGAUUCUCCUUAUUUAUAUUUUACUUUUAGCUUAUUUGAAUACUGCCAUUUUAUAAUUGUUAAGUUUUUAUUUUAAAUGUUGUGUAAAAAUUGGUAAAUAUAAUUGAGUUUACAUUCUGUGCCAUAAUUUAAUUUUUCAUGUAAAAAAAAAAAAUAAAAUAAAAAAAUAACAGUAUUAACUGACUAAUGUAAUUACUCUGUUUGUAUUUCUUUAAUGAUUGCGCCUCUAGUAUAUUUAUAUAAAUAAUGAUUUGAUCAUAAUCAUAUACUGAAUGUAUAUAUAUAUAUUAUCCAAGGAUAUUGUAUACUAACUCAUUAUAAGGGAUACGAUAAUGACAGAGUAUUUUAUAUUCCAAAAAGAUAAUUGUAUAUAAUUUUUUACACUGUUGUAAUGUUAAGAACUCAUUGCCCUUGUUAUUUUAAAUCUUCUGUUAAAUGAGUCUAAAUGAAAAAAUAUAUAUAAUUAGGCAAAUGUAAAUUUACUGGCGUACUGUCCAACUAAACAAAAUAUAAAUAUAUAUAUAUUAAGAAAAUUGACAAUAAAUAAUGUUAUACAUUAUA